AAACGUCAAUCUCCCGUUAAACCAAAAUAAACAUCCCAAGAAUUUUGUUUACGCGGGAUUCAACUUCAAUCACGGUACCGUACCCAAGAAUUAACCGAAAUGUCUGUUGAAAAUCAACUAAUUCCAACUGAAGCACUUCGUGAAAAACUCAGAAAUUAUUCAAGAAACUUACGUGACAUCAAGAGAAACUCUGAAAAUGAUUCUCUGCGCUUUGGUUUGGGUGAAAUCCAAUCGAAAAUUAUCGAAUUGGAUAAUCUUACGGAGAAAGAUGUCCAAGGAUUGGCCAACAGGAUAAAGAGACGGAAGCAUGCCUCAGCCGAAGAUAUGUAUAGACUUAGUCAUGCCUUUUUGCAAGGGGUUGAGAAUAUUCGAGCAUUUUCUAUGAUACCAGGAGCGAUUCAAACGUUAGUGAAAGAGCUCACAGGAUCUGACGCGGAACAACAGUUUCAUGCUAGCGAAACAUUCUGUAACCUUUCCUUGGGCGAAGCUCCGGUUUGUGAGAAAAUUGCCACAAUGGCAGGAAGCUACUUGGUCACGUACCUCGAUUGCACGGAAGAGAGAAUCAAGCGAACUUGUCUCUGGACAUUGGCCAACAUAAUAGCAACUGGUGGAAAAGGUGCUCACGUACUGAUAUCCAUGGAAAUCGUACCCAAACUUAUGUCUAUAUAUCUCCAAGACUGCAAUGAAGAUGACUAUCGAGAAGAUGCAGCUAUUGUUUUGGAUGUUAUUGGCUCCUCUGAGAGUAAAUUAUUGCGACCUUCCGAUUUGGAAUGUCUAUUUCUUAAGUUUCACAUGAAGAAUCCCACAUCUCCAGGUGCUGAAUACCAUCUGCGCAUCAUAUUCAAUUCUGGAAUCAUUGCUCCCGGUGUUGUCCUCUCCGAGGAACAGGUUAACUAUUUGAUGAAUUUCUCUGUUGCCAACUUACAUAAUACAGAGAAUUUUGAGGGAAUCCCAAAUCGAAUGAGAAUUCUCUACGCCAUUCGAAUUUUGGCCAACUUAUUGGCUCUUGAUUCGAUUUACUUUAAUAUUUUGAUUGAAAAAUGCACCACAUGGAAUACAAAUUUGGUGCGUUUAAUUAAUCGUUUGUUUGGGUUUAAAAAUCAACAGCUGAGUGCUGAGGUAUUGUGGUUGGUAAAAAAUAUUGAAGUUUGUCAAAGUGAUAGCUUUCCAGCGUCGGCGUUUCUCAACAAGUUGGUAUUUUCUUAGGU